AUGCUCGAUGACGAAUAUUGCGCUAUCCCCCCUAGACGGGAAGUAGCAUUGGUUGGGCUAAAUGACAAUAUUGACGACAAAUUUCUUUUGCAGCUUUGCAAGAAACUGACGCAUUCAUCGACUACAAAUCUCUCAACACCUUCAAACGAUGGAGAGGGAACUACUUCAUUAUCAACUUCCUAUGUUUCAACUGUUGGCAUUACACCUCUUCAAAUUAAAAUUUUGCGUCAUCCAACAACUGGAAGCCAUUUGGGAAUGGCAUUAAUUGACUUUUAUAGUUGCAGAGAUGGAAAGCUUUUCAUUUUACGUCAUCAUGGCCGUCCAAUGAUGGGAAGAGAAGUUCAAUGUUUCUUUGACCCUUUUGUUUAUAAACUUGGAGAACUCUACAAAUUACGUGUUGGCGAAGAAUUGGAACUCCCUGAGCGUUAUAGAUUUAUUUUCAAUGAAAAAACUAUUCAACAUAUUCGUGCACUUUUAGCGCAAAAAUACAAGGAUGAAGAUGGUGAUGUAUUGAAAAAGACUUGGACAAAUUUGGAAAAUGGUGUCUCCUCAAAGGACAAAACUACAUCAAAUAAAAAAUCUGGCAAUAAUAAUGCUACUUCACCAUUAAAAAAUUCAAAACAACGCGAGCAUCGACGUAGUAUUAAAGAGGAUUUGAAGAAAACACCAAUAGCUUCUACACAAGAUGCUCCUCCUUUGCAAGUUGUACCAAAAAAUGAUGUUUCUGAAGCUUCAUCUGUUGUUGUGGAUGCAAAAGGUUUUUGUUGUUUACUUUUUAAAAUUUUUCCUGUUUCAGAGGGGAGCUAUAGCCCGGAAACCCCCUGUUACGCCCUUGCAUUAGAUUAUUUCUUUUAUUAG